AUGCUUGCUGCAGUGUCGCUGUUGGGUCUACUGAAGGAAUCUGCGGAUAUGGACCUUUCUGCAACACUACUACAACCGCUACUUGUGUUAGUAACUGCGAUGCAAAGGCCGAAUGCGGUAAAUAUGCAAAGAUACCUGGAGCGACAUGUCCUCUUUCUACCUGUUGUUCAGAAUGGGGUUUCUGGUAAGUCGUUGUCCAUCACUGAAAUUCAAGUAUUUUGCAUUGAGAGCUCUCGGGCGCUGCUCUUUGGACAGCGAUUGAGCCUGCAUGCUUUCCUCGGUACAACGACUGAAUUUUGCGCGGAUCUCUGCCAAAAUAACUGCUUUGAGCCUACUGAACCAUCCUGUACCUCAAAUGAUGUCCUGAAGAAAGUGAUAGGCUAUUACGAAAGUUGGUCGUCAGAUCGGGCAUGUGACGGCUGGGGACCAAGCGACAUCUCUGCCAACGGACUCACACAUGUUUUUUACUCAUUUGCCUUGUUCGAAGAAUAUGAUUCCGACUGGAACGUGUAUAUUCCAGCACUGGAUCAAGCUCAAACCGAGGCCGAAAUGCUCAAACCUUUUAUGGCUCUUAAACAGAAGAACCCUGGUCUAAGUACUGUUAUUUCAGUUGGUGGAUGGUCAUUCAAUGAUCCACCAACAGCAGGCUAUUGGUCUACGAUGUCGUCGACCGCUGCUGGUAGAAACUCUUUCGCUAAGAAUCUCCUUGCAUUUAUGGUACUCUAUGGUUUCGAUGGUGUCGAUUUGGACUGGGAAUACCCUGGGGCCUCUGAUCGUGGAGGAGACACGACGUUAUGGGUAGACAGCGAUAACUACAUAGCCCUCAUCAGGGAAAUUCGCAUGGUUUUCGAUGCUACGGGAACAGCAUACACGAUUUCAUUCACUACGCCUGCCAGCUACUGGUAUCUCCAGACAUUCCGGGUCAACGAAAUGCUCUCAGCCGGUGCUGAUUGGACCAUGAUGAUGACUUACGAUCUACACGGUGUUUGGGACGGCGAUGACCCAUAUAUCGGUAAAAUAAUCGGUUCUCAUACUAACUUGACAGAGAUCAAAGUUGGCCUAGACUUGCUCUGGCGAACUAAUGUAGAUCCUUCCCAGGUUCUCAUGGGCAUAGGAUUCUAUGGCCGUUCUUUUACUUUGAGUGACAUUGGCUGCCAAGAUCCCGGAUGUCCUUUCGAUUCAGCUGGUGUUCCAGGUGUAUGUACUGCCACUGCUGGAAUUCUUUCUUAUAAAGAAAUCACUGCGAUCGUCACUGCUGGAGAAGGUACACCCGUGUGGAAUGAAGAGGCAGCUGUCAAUUAUCUGACCUUUGCCGACAAUCAAUGGGUUUCAUACGACAAUAAUGUUACCUUUAAACAGAAGGUUGAUUACGCAAACCAAAUCUGUCUUGGAGGGGUCGGUAUCUGGGCUAUAGACUUGGAUACCUAUGACUGGCAGGCACUGAGUGCUUUGACAGGCAAGGAUAUAAAUGGCGGCUCCCUUCUAACCAGCGGUGGGGACCCUACCGAGCUUGCUUCAGCUUAUAACGCUUACACCGGAGCUGAUUGCUAUGUCUCUGGAUGCGUUGACUGGAACACAGGGUCGUGCAAGGCCGGGUACAGCGUGCUAGACUAUGUGCACUCUGGAUCCAUGGGUGUGAUCGAAGAUCCUGACAAGAAUUUGUGCCGCAGAGGUGAUGUGUCUGUUGAAGAGUCUACAGAUUCACAAUAUCGUUUGAUCUGUUGUCCGACAGAUGCGAUGCCAGUCAGCUGUUCAUGGGAAGGAGCAGGAGCAGGAGUAGGAUUUGCAUUGUUCCCGCAAUUCUGCAAGGGUGGCGGCUCUGGCUUCUGUGGCGCCGGAAAGUUUGAAUUGAUUGCAGACUCCUAUACCGAAAGGACAGGAAGUACUCCGUGCAUCUUGAACAAGCGAUCUUUGUGCUGCGCAACGGAUCCGGAGCUGGAACUCUGUUCUUGGACAGCUUGUGGUGACUCCUGUCUAGAGACACAGUAUAAGAACCCCAACACUUCUGUGUAUGGCGGAUCAAAUCUCAAUCAAGAUUCUGAACUCUGCGCCGAUGGCGCGAAUCCAGCCGGCCCCUCUUCAUUCUGCUGUCCCAGUAAAGAUACGUAUACUGGCUGUGCCUGGUAUGGUGACGACUACUGCACGAAAAGCUGUCCGAGCGACAAGAUUCUCAUUACACAAAGAUCGGAAAUUGAGGACCUCCAAAUUGAGCAAGGUUUGCCAGGUGGCUACGAUGAAUGUGUCACUGGAUACCUGAAAUACUGCUGCGAUCCUCCUACAGCGACAACAGACUGGCCUGUCAGUCCGACAGAUUUGUUUGAGUACCCUGAUACAACACACGUGAGCUACGAGUAUGUCAAAGAGGAUUCAUCAUAUGACGACUAUGAUAGAGAAGAAGAUGGCCCAUUCGCCUUCGUGAUGAUUGACGGAGAUACAGCCGCUUACAGCGAGUCACUGGUGGACCAGUGGGGCUUCCUCGAUGAUGACUUGAACCUAUCAAAGAGAAAAAUAAAGAAGCGCGACAUGUUCACUAAACAAAACGACACAUUUGAUAAUGUUGUUGAGACAUACACUAUUAAGUGUCUUAAUCUUGCCGGCUGUGAGGGUUUGUUUGAGAAAGGGGCUUCAAAUACCAUUGUCAAGCUGCCCGACUCCAUAGGUGCAGGACCUUAUGCCAGGAUUAUAAGUCUGGAGCCUAUCGGAUCGACGAAGAGGUCAAGCAAUAUAGUGCCACGAUCAGUAGGCGAUACCUACAACUUGGUCGUGGAUUAUGAUCUCGCAGGUGCCGCUGUGGAACAGAAGGGCGAUGUUAACUUCAGAAUCGAUUACUCCAAUCUCGUGGACUACUGGGCCGACGUCACAGACACUCCUGCGAAGAACAGAAAACGAUGGUUUGGAGCCUUCAAGGCCUGGUUGGCCAAAGUCACGACCAUGGUCAAAUCGGAUACGGGAUUCCUUCCCUUAGAGUACGAAGAGAACAUCAAACUUUUCCAUUUCGCCAAAACCUGCCCAAAGACCAAUCUCAAAACGACCCUCGAUUUGGACGCCAAUAUACAUAUGGGAUUGUAUGCCCAAUACGCCUACUACUUUGAGGGCUCAAUUUUGCCGACGCCAACUUUGAUUGCAUCUUACGGUUACUUUUCAGUGUCACCCGCCGCCGCCAUCUUGAUGACUCUUAGAGGCGAAGCCAUCAUCCAAACGAACUCAGAUGUUGUCAACAUCUUAAGUGGAAUUACCCUCCCAGGACUUUCUAUCAAAGGACUCAUCAGCAUUGGUCCAGAGUUUGAUUUGACAGGUUCUAUGGAUGCUUCAUUGCAGGUUUCUGGCGAACUUAACGCUGGUGUUUCUGUCGCAUGGCCCAAGGCCGAAGUAUUUUUCCCCCAAGACAGUGAUGGAACUGGGGCAACUAUACCCCCAGGGACUUUGGACGAUCCAAAUGAUCCUGACAAGCAGCAGACUUUUUCAGUAGUACCCACCUUUGACGCAAGCAUCACGGCUGUUGGAAAUCUUGCACUGACUCUUACCCCUCAAGUCAAAUUCGGAAUAUCUGUCUUAGGCGACGCUCUCAUGAGCGGAUAUGUCACAGCAGGCGUAGCUAAUACCAUUACAUUAGGACUCUCUGCUGGUGCCAGUGUUAGCUCAACCACUGGAGCUACUGCUGAGUUUUGUUAUUGGGCAGACUAUGUCUAUUCUGUCUUCCUCUCUUCUGAUGUCUCAUUCGCCAAUGGACUUGCUUACUGGGGUAACUCUAUAGAGUUGGCAUCGCCUGAAGAUCCCCUGGUUCUCAUUGACAAGACAUGCGUUGACUACUCCUCAACCCCAGCAGACAAGCGAAAGCGAGAUGAUGCAAACCUUGUCCCUCUCACUACAGGAACGCCAUGCUUUGGGGGUUUGAUAUCGUGCGAGGACACCGUUGACAACACAACUUGUGCAGUUGGAGGUCCUUCUUCCAAGCGAGACACGUCAACUUGUUACCUGCCUCCAGCACUUUUCUAUAACUGCGCCUUCUUUCAACCUGGGCGUGUUGUCAACGACAAUGAGAAUACUCGAGCUGGUGGUGCAUACGAGACAUUCAUUAGUAUUUGCCAAAAUGUUCGAGGAUAUCUCCAGGACAACAAUAACGGUCAGACAAUUGGAUCCAACUGGAUGCAGCUGACUUAUCUUCCCGGCGGAGGGACCAAUCGAAACGACGCCUGUAAGGAUGUGUCUUCGGUCUGUGCCUUCACAAAGUCGUAUCUGUGGCCGACAGCUGUUUUUGAGGCAGCGUUGACAGCCAAAAAGGAUGACAAGGCCUACAUGAACAUGGCAGGGUACUCUGAUUCAAUUUCUUGCGAUGAAUUUCCCUUCAAUGCUUCCGAAGAAGGUGGUUCUGGGGCGAACGCAGCAUGUGUUACAAAUGACCAGCAAUUUUACCAGGGCCAGAUCAAUAAUCUUGUUUCUAACGUCUAUGAUCUUGAGGAGGAUAGCUUAUGGUCACCUCGUGCUCCUAAACCAAAGUGGAACGGUGGCAAAAGACUCUACACCAUAAAUCUGUUCGAUGCAUCUACCAAUGGAAACGAUCUCUCUUCACCUUACGCUGGUACAUGGAAAUCGUCUGCAAAUACUCCAAGCGGCGGUCUUACUCAGGUUGUGGGAGGUAUCAAUCUACAAGGCAAUCCGCAAUAUCAAUUAGGCGUUAACGGAGACGUGCAAAACGGUAUUUGUAUGACGAUGCCACGAACGAUGACCCUUGCUGCUACUCAGAAGUUUUACAAAUUGAAGGUACAGAAAUGCUUUAUCACCUUUGAAACGCCUGAGGAUUUAACAAGGAGGGGCUUGGAUCCUCAAGAUCCACAGAACUGGCAGAUCAAAUCUGUCCAACUUGAAGAUGAUGACGAAGAGCUAAUAAAGACGGAAAAUGAUGGCUUUGAGAUGGAUAUCAUAGAAGAGAUUACUAAGGAGAUUGAGGUCUUAGAUAUUGCGAAAAAGUAUCCAGCCGAAGCAGUGAUUACACCAAGCCCGAGAUUGGGACCAGGUCAUGUACAUGGACGUAGACAUUAUUAGGCUGAUAAGUAAUUUUGGGGAACGAAUUUUCUGAAUUAAGUAG